CCUAGGACUAUAUUUCACAUUCAGUGAAGAAUCCUAGUUUGAAAGCAAUUAUCUCGACCUUUCGAUUCAGUUGCCUCAAUCGUCAUCAGGAGAAUAUUAUUAUUAUUAUUGUGGGAAAACAUCGUCAAGUUAACGAUGCAAGUAAAGGGAUUUUCGGCAUGAUCUUAGUUCAGAAUCUUAGUUGAAAACAAUAUUUUAAAGAACAGUUGCACGCAGAGAUGAAUGAAAAUGUUUUAAGCUAUCUACGGGGCUUCCACUCAUAUGAACGUAGUUUUAAUUUGCGUGUAAUUGCAGACGAUAAUGAGAUCAAAACAGCCUAUGAACAAGCAAGAAUAAGAGGAAGGCUUCCUUUUAACAGAUCAAAAAUCUUAAUUCUAGGAGAUCACAAUGUGGGAAAGACGUCGACAUGCAGACGCUUGCAAGGUAAAGAUUUUCGUCAUGACGAGCCUAGUACAGUGGGAAUUGAAACAAAUACUGUCAAAGCAAAAGUUAGUGAUGUUAACGGUAAAUGGUGUGAAGUAUCAAAUGCACCACUAGAAGAAUUUGAGAGUUCGGCAGCAUGGUGGGCAGUAUCACAUGUGAGGAAACACGGUGUGAAUGAAAACACGAGGACCAGUAGCAAGUCAGAAGUCAACCCACAGACCUCGUUAAUAAAUCUAAAGAAAGACAUAUUUUAUCAGAUAACACACAAUAUUCCCAUGCUAGUUAUGUUUCUAAACGGUGGAUUUACAUUCGGAUUUGGAUUAGUUGUAUGGAUAUGUAAUCUUUGCUUAAUGUAUAUAGGCGAUGUUCACAGUGGGUACCGUUUCGGUUGUGGAUACACAAUUGGAAUGGUUUUAGUAGACAGCGCAAUUGAACUUGGUCUAAGGAUCCAUAUUUCCACUGUUAAAAUAGCUUUGUAUGUAAUAGCUGGCUUAAUUGCCGGGGUGCUUAUGGGAUCAGGUGGUAGAACUGGAUUAUGCAUAGCAUUCUGUGUUAUGGUGCAUCCGAAACAGAAAACAUUCACCAUCGAUAAUGUUACAGAAAUGAUAUUAGUCAUCUACAGCAAAGCAUAUAAUAAUUUGAUAAUUUACACUGUUGGAAUUAUUACUAUUCUGGUGUUUAGGUAUGUUCCCGUUAAGAUAUUGUCGUUGAAUCGACAAAACUGCAUACCUGUUUUAAUAAGCAUUUUUGUUUGUCUCAAAGCCGCGGGCUUUAUCGGAGGGCCGGACUUUUUACGCCUAUUUUAUACAUGUACAUGUAUUUUUGUACUUGUGAGUGUUAUGUCAGCUGGGAUCCUUUUUGGAAGAAAAUUUGCUGCUUAUGGGUAUAUUCCUCAAAUAUAUAUUAUUAAGAAAUCUAUUGGUUUUGUGGCAGGUAUAUUUAUAGCAUUUUUUUGUGGGUGGGAACUGGCAGAUUUAAGAACUCUAAACUUACAUGCCCAUUAUUCUCUUUCACGAUAUUUGUUGAGCUUAUUCCUCUUUCUGACACCGAUCAUUGCCUUUUUAGUCUACGAAUGGUUUUCAUAUGUGAAAGUGAAGAAUACAACCUCUAUACCGGUAAAGCAUAUAAAAAAAUCAAUGGAAGCAGAUAUUCGUAAUGAAUCAUCUUAUUUGGAUGCUAGACUUAGUCUAUGGGACUUUGCAGGACAAAACAUAUACUACAACACCCACCAUCUCUUCAUGCCAAAGCAGGGUGUAUAUCUAAUUGUGUUCAACGCCGUUGAAGCGGUUAUAAAUCCUGAAAAACAAAUCAAACGGCUACAAUUUUGGUUGCAAUCAGUUGCUAUGCAUGGAGACAUUAACAAUGUUGUGGUGUUUCUUGUAGGAACAAGACGAGAAAGUGUUAUGGACAUAAAUGCACUUUUGCAUUUUACUCAACUUGCGAAAGCACGUCUCUACAAACCCUUUUCUAGGUUACUUGCGUUCCACCCUUUAGGCAGCUUUUUCUUUUUUAUAGAAAAUUCGUUACAAGUAGACCAAGAACGCAAAGUGCUACGAACAGUUAUCUAUAGUGAGAUUAAAAAAUUGGAUUUUUUUCAGGAGAAUUAUUUAGUAAAAUACCUUUUAUUUCAUGAAAUUUUGAACAGGUUUCGCCUGCAAAAAUACAUUAUCAUGAGUUUAGCAGACAUCUUCGAGGAAAUCAAAUCAACAUGUAAUAUCAUUUCUCAGAAUGAGUUGUGCCAAUUCUUGAACUUCUUUGACAGAUCCGGUGAUGUCAUAUACAAUGAACGUGAUGAGACACUCCGACAUUACGUUAUCUGUGAUCCUCAAAUGCUUAUAGACAUUCUGACAAUAUUAGCGAAUGUGCCUGAACCUCACCAAAGAAAUCGGACAGUAGCUGAUUUAUGGCAGAAUUUGGAAGACACUGGCAUUGUUGACAGUAAAUUACUGGAACACAUUUGUAGAGAGAAAAACAUAUGGCGACAUUACCCUUACAUCAUUCGUUUCUUAGUGGGAACACAUCUACUUUUCCCGGUUAAUGUUAUUGAUCCAAUCGACCAAGUCGGCACUUUUUUUCUCUCAUAUGGGCUGCCAAAGAACAAUUUAAUGCCAACACAGAACAGCAAUCACUCGAAAGAAAUUUUCUAUUUCGACUUUAGUGAAAUUCUUCAAGAAAUUAUAUUUCUACGUCUCAUAGGUAGAUGUUGUGAAAUGUUUAGUUUGGAUGAGAUCUGUUACAAUGAAGCAAGAUUGAGGAAAGGUAAAUCAUGUCUUUUCUCCAUCAGUACAGAAGUAAUUCCUGGAAACAUUAAUUUAUACGACAGAAAUCUUAUCAAAAUUGAAGUUAUAAGCGAAGACAAAACUGAAACUAUGGUUGUUCUACAGAAAAUGAUUAUUUUUAUUGAAGAAAUAAUCAAGCGGGAUUUCAACCUGGACUACUUUAGGAAACAAUACAUAUGUGGACCUGUGUGUCAGAAGUGUAGUUCUCUAGAUGGAACAAUGUGUUUGGUGAACCUCAUUACACAUGGAAACGAUAUAUCUACACUGGGUGGCUAUAAACCAGACAUUUAUCAUGAGGUCACACUUGAGCAAAAGUUGAAUGUCACGUGUAGUCGAAUAAGAGACAACCAGCUCUGAGGAUAAUAGACCUUUCCGGAGUGUCAAUCAUACUUAACAACUGACUAAUCAGAACAGCGUUAGGAAUACGCGCGCGUCUUACAAACACAC